UCUCAAGGUAGAGUGUUCUUGAUACUGUUGCAGGUACGAAGAAGAAGACUACCUUCAAGAAGAAAGCCUUCGGUUAGACUCUAUCCAAGAUGUGGCGGCGAUGGAAGAAGGACCUGACGAAACUCCCCAUUCUGCUAAUAAGGAAGUACUCCUUAUUGCCAAUCUUUCUCCCCAAACAACUAAAACAGAACAGAUCAUCCGUUUCUUCAAAGUUGUUGGAAGUGUUGUUUCUGUUCGCCUUAUUGUAGACCACGAGUGUAAGCAUGUGGGCUAUGGCUUUGUUGAAUUUGAUUCUUCUUACGAAGCAGAGAAGGCUCUGAAAGAGUUGAAUGGUGAAUAUUUGCAUGAUCACAAGAUUCUGUUGAUGAGAGGACUUGAUGAUGAAACUCCCCAUUCCGUUGAGGAAGCUGCCACUGUAAGAAAUAAGACGCUCUUUGUUUCCGGUCUCUCUCGCCAAACCAAAAUAUCAGAAAUCGUCACUUUCUUUAAAGAUGUUGGAGAAGUUGUUCAUGUUCGACUUAUUGUAGACCGCUGGGGUAACCUGCAAGGGAAAGGCUUUGUUGAGUUUGCUUCUGCUAACGAGGCAAUGAAGGCGCUGGAAAAGAAAAACGGUGAAUAUUUGAACGGUAGCGAUGUUUUCCUUGCUGUUUUUGAGACACCUCCAUACGACCGACGACCCAAGUAUUUCAUAGAUCACAAGGUUUGGUACCAAGACUACCUUCAACGAGAAAGCCUUGAGAUAAAAGAAGAUGUGGCGGCAGUGGAAAAAGGACUUCAUGUAACCCCCCAUUUUACUGAGGAAAUUGUAAGAAAAAAGACGGUCUUUGUUGACGGACUCUCUUACAACACAAGAAUAUCAGAUAUCAUCAACUUCUUCAAAGAUGUUCGAGAAGAAAUUAUUCGUGUUCGAUUUAUUGUAGACGGCAGGGGUGACCAUGUGGGCUGUUGCUUUGUUGAGAUGGCUACUGCUAACGCAGCGAAGAAGGCGGUGCAGGAGAAUUAUAACACUAGCAAGUUUUUUGUUUACGCUGCUGAGAUAGCUGCUCAAUGUCCUUUCCAACCCAAGUACAAGCUUGCAGACCUUGCCGAGAAACUUUGGUACGAAGACAGCCUUCGCCAAAAAAGCCUUUGUGGUCAGAAGCUCAAACCCAUUCUGAAUGAAAACAAGGUGAUGGAAUAUGAUAAGAAGAUUAUUCUAGAUGAAGCUCCCGAUUUUGUUGAGGAAGCUGCCGUACCAAUUAGGACUCUGUUUAUUGCCUCUUUAUCUCGCCAUUCAACUGACAUAUCAGAUAUCAUCGACUUCUUCAAAGAUGUUGGACAAGUUGUUCGUGUUCGACUUGAUAUCAACGACAGAGGCAAGCUUGUUGGCUGUGGCUAUGUUGAGUUUGCUUCUGCCAACCAGGCAAAUAAGGCCCUGCAAAAUAAGAACGGUGAAUAUUUGCACGAUCGCAAGAUUUUUCUUGCUGAUGGCAGUGGAGCUACUUUCCUUCCACACAAGUUUUGUAUAGACCACAAGGUUUGGUACGAAGAAGAAGACUACCUUCAAGAAGAAAGCCUUCGGUUAGACUCUAUCCAAGAUGUGGCGGCGAUGGAAGAAGGACCUGACGAAACUCCCCAUUCUGCUAAUAAGGAAGUACUCCUUAUUGCCAAUCUUUCUCCCCAAACAACUAAAACAGAACAGAUCAUCCGUUUCUUCGAAGAUGUUGGAAGUGUUUUUUCUGUUCGCCUUAUUGUAGACCACGAGUGUAAGCAUGUGGGCUAUGGCUUUGUUGAAUUUGAUUCUUCUUACGAAGCAGAGAAGGCUCUGAAAGAGUUGAAUGGUGAAUAUUUGCAUGAUCACAAGAUUCUGUUGAUGAGAGGAGUUGAUGAUGAAACUCCCCAUUCCGUUGAGGAAGCUGCCACUGUAAGAAAUAAGACGCUCUUUGUUUCCGGUCUCUCUCGCCAAACCAAAAUAUCAGAAAUCAUCAAUUUCUUUAAAGAUGUUGGAGAAGUUGUUCAUGUUCGACUUAUUGUAUUCCGCUGGGGUAACCUUCACGGGAAAGGCUUUGUUGAGUUUGCUUCUGCUAACGAGGCAAUGAAGGCGCUGGAAAAGAAAAACGGUGAAUAUUUGAAUGGUAGGGAUGUUUUCCUUGCUUAUUUUGAGACACCUCCAUACCACCGACGACCCAAGUAUUUCAUAGAUCACAAGGUUUGGUACCAAGACUACCUUCAACGAGAAAGCCUUGAGAUAAAAGAAGAUGUGGCGGCAGUGGAAAAAGGACUUGAUGUAACCCCCCAUUUUACUGAGGAAAUUGUAAGAAAAAAGACGGUCUUUGUUGACGGACUCUCUUACAACACAAGAAUAUCAGAUAUCAUCAACUUCUUCAAAGAUGUUCGAGAAGAAAUUAUUCGUGUUCGAUUUAUUGUAGACGGCAGGGGUGACCAUGUGGGCUGUUGCUUUGUUGAGAUGGCUACUGCUAACGCAGCGAAGAAGGCGGUGCAGGAGAAUUAUAACACUAGCAAGUUUUUUGUUUACGCUGCUGAGAUAGCUGCUCAAUGUCCUUUCCAACCCAAGUACAAGCUUGCAGACCUUGCCGAGAAACUUUGGUACGAAGACAGCCUUCGCCAAAAAAGCCUUUGUGGUCAGAAGCUCAAACCCAUUCUGAAUGAAAACAAGGUGAUGGAAUAUGAUAAGAAGAUUAUUCUAGAUGAAGCUCCCGAUUUUGUUGAGGAAGCUGCCGUACCAAUUAGGACUCUGUUUAUUGCCUCUUUAUCUCGCCAUUCAACUGACAUAUCAGAUAUCAUCGACUUCUUCAAAGAUGUUGGACAAGUUGUUCGUGUUCGACUUGAUAUCAACGACAGAGGCAAGCUUGUUGGCUGUGGCUAUGUUGAGUUUGCUUCUGCCAACCAGGCAAAUAAGGCCCUGCAAAAUAAGAACGGUGAAUAUUUGCACGAUCGCAAGAUUUUUCUUGCUGAUGGCAGUGGAGCUACUUUCCUUCCACACAAGUUUUGUAUAGACCACAAGGUUUGGUACGAAGAAGAAGACUACCUUCAAGAAGAAAGCCUUCGGUUAGACUCUAUCCAAGAUGUGGCGGCGAUGGAAGAAGGACCUGACGAAACUCCCCAUUCUGCUAAUAAGGAAGUACUCCUUAUUGCCAAUCUUUCUCCCCAAACAACUAAAACAGAACAGAUCAUCCGUUUCUUCGAAGAUGUUGGAAGUGUUGUUUCUGUUCGCCUUAUUGUAGACCACGAGUGUAAGCAUGUGGGCUAUGGCUUUGUUGAAUUUGAUUCUUCUUACGAAGCAGAGAAAGCUCUGAAAGAGUUGAAUGGUGAAUAUUUGCAUGAUCACAAGAUUCUGUUGAUGAGAGGACUUGAUGAUGAAACUCCCCAUUCCGUUGAGGAAGCUGCCACUGUAAGAAAUAAGACGCUCUUUGUUUCCGGUCUCUCUCGCCAAACCAAAAUAUCAGAAAUCAUCAAUUUCUUUAAAGAUGUUGGAGAAGUUGUUCAUGUUCGACUUAUUGUAUUCCGCUGGGGUAACCUUCACGGGAAAGGCUUUGUUGAGUUUGCUUCUGCUAACGAGGCAAUGAAGGCGCUGGAAAAGAAAAACGGUGAAUAUUUGAAUGGUAGGGAUGUUUUCCUUGCUUAUUUUGAGACACCUCCAUACCACCGACGACCCAAGUAUUUCAUAGAUCACAAGGUUUGGUACCAAGACUACCUUCAACGAGAAAGCCUUGAGAUAAAAGAAGAUGUGGCGGCAGUGGAAAAAGGACUUGAUGAAACCCCCCAUUUUACUGAGGAAACUGUAAGAAAAAAGACGGUCUUUGUUGACGGACUCUCUUACAACACAAGCAUAUCAGAUAUCAUCAACUUCUUCAAAGAUGUUCGAGAAGAAAUUAUUCGUGUUCGACUUAUUGUAGACGGCAGGGGUGACCAUGUGGGCUGUUGCUUUGUUGAGAUGGCUACUGCUAACGCAGCGAAGAAGGCGGUGCAGGAGAAUUAUAACACUAGCAAGUUUUUUGUUUACGCUGCUGAGAUAGCUGCUCCAUAUCCUUUCCAACCCAAGUACAAGCUUGCAGACCUUGCCGAGAAACUUUGGUAUGAAGAUAGCCUUUGCGAAAAAAGCCUUUUUGGUCAGAAGCCCAAACCCAUUCUGAGUAUAAAAAAGGUGAUGGAAUAUGGUUAUGGUAAGAAGACUACCUUCUCUGACGACGAGUGAAAGAAGAUGAAGAUGCUCUUCUAGGAUUUAUAACUUAUUUUAUAUGUAAUGCAAAUAUUUAUUUCAUCCCUAAAUACUCUGCUUUAGUUCGCCACUGCAAUGGUUUGGUUUCUUUUUUUAGUCGCUUGCAAAUAUUGAAGACCUAAUAUGUAAUUUAUUUGGCCUUAAAAACAAAGCGUGAUACCAAAUUUUCUUUA